AUGGCCACUGAACAACAACGACUGCCGACGAGGGAACGUCGCCCCUCCACCUCAGCUCCCAUUGUGGAUAUCACUGGUGGUGUUGGGCCUGCUGGCAUCUCUCGUCCGAAGCACAAGAGGACCUUUACGGGCUUCGGGCCCGGGGAAAUCAAGAGCGUUGAGGCCUCCAUCCCCGAGCCUCAGCGGGAAGCCUGGAAGCGAAACCAAAUAACCAGCUUCACUGACAAAGACGGGUUCGAAAAGGAAGUCGUGCGCCAUGUGGAAACCACACUCGCCCGAAGCAUGUUCAACUGCGACGAAAUCGCCGCUUAUUCUGCUACGAGCCUUGCCUUUCGCGACCGUCUCAUCACUCACUGGAACAGGACGCAGCAGCGUCAGACGUACCGCGAUACCAAAAGAGUGUAUUACCUGAGCCUGGAGUUUUUGAUGGGCAGGGCCCUGGAUAAUGCGAUGCUGAAUGUUGGCCUGAAGAACGUCGCCCAAGACGGCCUUGCGGAGCUCGGUUUCAGAAUCGAAGAUGUUGUCAAGCAAGAGCACGAUGCUGCCCUUGGAAACGGUGGCCUGGGCCGCCUGGCAGCCUGCUUCCUGGACAGCCUGGCUACGUUGAACUUUCCCGCAUGGGGCUACGGCCUACGAUACCGCUACGGCAUUUUCAAGCAGGAGAUUAUUGACGGAUAUCAGGUCGAAGUUCCUGAUUACUGGUUGGAUUUUAACCCCUGGGAGUUUCCCCGUCACGAUGUGACCGUAGACAUCCAAUUCUUUGGCCAGGUUAAUAAGAAAACAGUUGAUGGCAAAACUGUAUCCGUUUGGGAAGCCGGCGAGAUUGUCCAGGCCGUUGCCUACGAUGUCCCCAUCCCAGGCUACGACACUCCGACGACCAACAACCUCCGUCUAUGGUCGAGCAAAGCCUCUGGCGGAGAAUUCGACUUCCAGAAGUUCAACAGCGGCGACUAUGAGAGUUCCGUGGCGGAUCAACAGCGCGCAGAAACUAUAAGCGCGGUGCUGUAUCCCAAUGAUAACCUUGAGCGUGGCAAGGAAUUGCGUCUGAAGCAGCAGUACUUCUGGGUAGCAGCGUCGCUGUAUGAUAUUGUGCGCAGGUUCAAGAAAUCCAGGAGGUCAUGGAAUGAGUUCCCUGAUCAGGUGGCGAUCCAGUUGAAUGACACACAUCCUACGCUGGCGAUUGUGGAGUUGCAAAGGAUUCUGGUCGAUAUCGAAGGCUUGGAGUGGGAUAACGCGUGGGAAAUUGUCACGAGCACUUUUGGAUACACCAACCAUACGGUCCUCCCAGAAGCCCUCGAGAAAUGGCCUGUUGGCCUGGUCCAGCACUUGCUCCCUCGGCACCUCCAGAUCAUCUACGACAUCAACCUGUUCUUUUUGCAAAGCGUAGAAAAGGCCAUCCCUGACGACAGAGACAUGCUCCGCCGGGUAUCCAUCAUUGAGGAAUCCCAGCCCAAGAUGGUACGCAUGGCGUUCCUGGCCAUCGUCGGCUCUCACAAGGUCAAUGGCGUGGCGGAACUCCACUCGGACCUCAUCAAGACCACCAUUUUCAAGGACUUUGUUGAAAUCUACGGCCCGGACAAGUUCACCAAUGUCACAAACGGCAUUACACCACGCCGCUGGCUGCACCAAGCCAACCCCCGCCUGUCCGAACUGAUUGCCUCCAAAUGCGGCGGCAAUGACUUCCUCAAGGACCUAACGCUUCUUAACCAGCUGGAGAAGCACGUUCAAGACAAGCAGUUUCGCAAGGAGUGGGCAGAGAUCAAGUACGCCAACAAGGUGCGUCUGGCGAAGCACAUCAAGGACACUACUGGCGUUGUUGUCAAUCCUGCCUCCUUGUUUGACGUGCAGGUCAAGCGUAUCCACGAGUAUAAGCGUCAGCAGCUGAACAUCUUUGGCGUUAUUCAUCGGUAUCUGAGCCUCAAGGCCAUGACGCCCGACCAACGUAAGAAGCAGUUGCCGCGCGUGAGUAUCUUUGGCGGUAAAGCUGCGCCGGGGUAUUGGAUGGCCAAGCAGAUUAUCCACCUGAUCAACUCGGUAGGCGCGGUGGUGAAUAAGGACGAGGAUAUUGGUGACUUGCUCAAGGUUAUUUUCUUGGAGGAUUAUAACGUGAGCAAGGCGGAAAUAAUUUGUCCUGCUUCGGAUAUUAGCGAACAUAUUUCGACCGCUGGAACAGAGGCCUCUGGAACCAGCAACAUGAAGUUUGUCCUCAACGGCGGCCUCAUCAUUGGCACCUGCGACGGCGCCAACAUUGAGAUUACGCGUGAAAUCGGUGAAAGCAACAUCUUCCUUUUUGGCAACCUCUCCGAGGACGUCGAGGACCUCCGCCACGCUCACACUUAUGGCUCCCACACAAUCGAUUCCGACCUUGACAAGGUCUUCAACGAGAUUGAAAAGGGCACGUUUGGCACCCCGCAUGACUUCAGCGCCAUGAUCGCCGCAGUCCGCCAGCAUGGUGACUACUAUCUCGUGUCGGACGAUUUCCACAGCUACAUUGAGACGCAUCAGCUCGUAGAUGAGGCGUAUCGCAACCAGGAUGAAUGGAUCGCCAAAUGCAUCACGUCAGUUUCUCGCAUGGGCUUUUUCACCAGUGAUCGGUGCAUUAAUGAGUAUGCUGAGGAGAUUUGGAACGUUGAGCCGCUUGCUGUUGACAGGCACUAG